UUUUCUAACAGAGUGGAAGACAACAGUCCAUAUCCUUUCGUUUUAGUAUUUUCUUUCUUGCCUCUUUUUUACUCUCUCUAACUGUUAUCUGUAACCCCAAAGCAAAAAAAUAAAAAAUAAAAAAUAAAAAAUGGAAGCAAUUGGUACUGGUGCUGCGGCCAAUGUUUCUUCCGAGACUGCGAAAGGUAUCUUCCACCAAGUUAAACGUCAUAUUAGAUAUGUAAUCUUCUACCAGAAAUUUGUUGACAAGUUCGAGCAGAAACAUAGGACGUUGAUUGCAAAAAGAACAAGUGUGCAGCAAGAUGUUGAUGUUGCAGAAAGGAACGGGGAGAAGAUUAAAGCCGAUGUCCUGGAUUGGCGCCACCGAGUGGAGAAGGUUGUCACUGAAAAGGAGAAGAAAGUGAAGGAUCUUGAAGUCAAAGCGAAGACCAAGUGCUUCUUUGGCUUGUGUCCCAACAUCAAGUCUCGCUACCAGCUUAGCAGGAAGGCAGAAAAAGAUGCUGCCACUUUUGAUGAGCUUAUCAAAGAGUGCCAAUUUGAGCGCGUGGGAUACCCUGAUGUUGCUGAUCCCAUAAUCCAUACAGACUUUGAGGCCUUUAAAUCAAGAGAGGAGGUUUUCAAUGAUAUCAUGGAGUCACUGAAAGAUGCAACAACAAGCAUGAUUGGAGUGUACGGAAUGGCUGGUGUGGGCAAAACAUGGCUGGUCAAAGAAGUUGAGAGACAACUCCAUGAGGUUGAGGUUAAAUUAUUCGAUUCAGUAGUUAGGGCAACUGUAUCUCAAAUUCCUGACAUUAAGGAAAUCCAAGACCAAAUAGCAUACUCAUUGGGUUUGAAGCUUGAAGAAAACAGUCCGGAUGUAAGAGCCCGUAAAUUGUAUGGAAGGUUAAGGAAGGAGAAAAAUGUUCUUAUUAUUUUGGAUGAUCUUUGGAAGAAACUGGAUCUAGAGGAAGUCGGGAUUCCAUUUGGAAGUCAACACAAAGGAUGCAAAAUACUGUUGACCUCAAGAAAUCAAAAUGUUCUAAGCAAUGGGAUGGAUGCUACAAAGACCUUUGCAAUUGUUGAUUUAGAUGACGAAGAAGCUUGGGAGUUCUUUAAGAAGAUGGCCAGGGACAGUUUUGAAAGUGAUGAGGAGCUGCGAUCUACAGCAAUUAAGGUAGCCAAGAAAUGUGCAAGAUUACCACUCGCCCUUGCAACAGUUGCGAGGGCGUUGCGAAAUAAAAGUUUAUUUGUUUGGAGGGAUGCUUUACAACAACUACAGAGGCCUUACUUGGAAAAAAGCUCCAAUGAGAUAUCUGCUGAGGUACAUUCGGCUAUUGAGUUGAGUAUCAAUCAUUUAUCGAGUGAAGACCUCAAGCAGAUUUUCCUGCUUUGCAGUUUACUGCGUCGUGUCGUUAGGAUUGAAGACUUGUUGAGAUAUGCUCUUGGUUUGGGUCUAAUUAAAGGAGCCAACAGCAUGAAAGCAGCACGAGAUAGGCUGUUAAAAAUGCUGAGUACCCUCAAAGAAUCUUGUUUGUUGCUUGAUAGCAAAAGUUCCAAUGAGGAGUACUUUGAUGUGCAUGAUCUUACUUAUAUUGUGGCCAAAUCAAUCGCGUCAAAGGACAAUCAAGUGCUUACUUUAACAGAGGAGGAUGAGGAUAUUGUAACAGAUUGGCCAAAUGGAGAGUCAAUGAAAGAGUGCAACAAGAUUAUUUUGCAGCAUCCCAGUAUCAACAGGCUUCCUGACCAGUUGAAUUGUCCGCAGCUUUUUCUUUUCUUUUUGUUCAGCAAGGAUCUCUCCUUGACGUUGCCGGAUAACUUCUUCAAGGAAGCAAAAAAUCUUAAAGUCUUAGAUUUGACUCGCAUGCAUUUUUCUUCUUUACCUUCAUCAAUUGGUCUCCUAACUAGCCUCAGUACAUUGUGCCUAGAUCAAUGCAAUUUGGGAGAUAACCUAACCAUUAUUGGAGCGCUCAAGAACUUAAAUGUGCUUAGCCUUUUGCAAUCUGAUAUCAAAAUUGUACCCAAGGAAAUUGGACAAUUGUUGAAGCUAAAGUUGUUAGAUGUAAGUGGUUGUACUAAACUCAAAACAAUUUCCGCUGAUGUCUUGCCAAGUUUGUCAAAGUUAGAAGAAUUAUAUAUGGGUGGCACUUCUAUUCAAUGGGGACAACCCAAUGCUAGUCUUGCUGAACUGAACACACUGUCUCAAUUGUCCACUUUAGAAGUUCAAAUUCCGGACGCCAAGGCUGCCCCCGAGGACUUCUUUCAAAAGUUGGAAAAGUUGGAAAGAUACAAGAUUUGCAUAGGAAAGGAAUGGGGGCGGUUUGGCAACUAUCAAUAUUCAAGAACCUUAAGACUCAGGCUAAACACAAGCAUUGAUGAUUUGGAUCAUGGAAUUAAGAAGUUGGUAAAGAGAACUCAAGCUUUAGAAUUGGAUGAACUGAAAGGUGUGAAGAUUGCACUGAAGGAGUUAACAGAUGAGGAAAGGCUAUCACAUUUGCAGAAUCUGCAUAUCCAAAAUGGUUUGGAUAUUGAAUCUAUCAUUAAUGAUAGAAAUGAAUUUCCUCGAUUGCAGUCCUUGACAUUGCAGGGUCUUCCUCAACUCGUAAGCUUUUGCUCUCAAGACAAAAUCGAUGCUACCUCAUUACCUCAACGUGAAUUGCCACUUUUCGGAGAAAAGAUAUCGUUUUCUUCCUUGAAAAAAUUGCGGUUGGCAUCACUUAAUGUUAUAAAGGUAUGGCACAACCAGUUGUCAAAUGUAUCUUUUUGCACUCAUGAGAAGUUAACCACAUUGAAAAUUGAUGGUUGUAGAAACAUAAAAUACCUAUUAUCAUUUUCUAUGGCUAAAUGUCUGGUUCAUCUCAAAUACUUUGAGAUAACUGAAUGCAACUGCUUAGAGGAGAUAAUUUUUUUGGAAGAUAUAGAAGAAGAAACUGAGGCUACGAUGACUUUAUCAUUAUUUCCUCAAUUAAAGUCCUUAGAGCUAAAGAAUCUUCAGCAUUUGAGUGGAUUUUGCUCCACCUCUCAAAAUAAAGUUAUUGAAUUUGCAUUCAUGAAAUCAAUGAGGAUAUACAACUGUCCAAACUUGGACAGCUUCAUAUGGAGAUAUACAAGGCAGGCGAAUCAACGAAUCUGUAGUCAGGGUGAUCUGUUUGACAAUAAGGUUGCAUUUCCCAAACUACAAGAAUUGAGGGUCAAAGGAUGUGAUAAGUUGUUAUCCAUUUUUCCAUCUAAUGUGCUCACAACAUUUCAAAGGUUGCAGCAUCUAACUGUAAACACUUGUGGUUCCUUACAACAAGUAUUUGAAAUCAUGCAUGAAGAAAAAGAAAUCGCUUUACUUGCAACCACUCAACUAAGAGAAUUGCAUAUGAUAAGAUUACCAAAGUUGAAACAUAUUUGGAAAAAUGAUCCCAAAGGAAUUUUUUCUUUUAAGAAAAUCUGUACAAUAUUUGUUUGGCGCUGUCAAAAUUUGAAGAGUGUAUUUCCAGCCUCAAUAGCCAAAGACCUACCACGAUUACGUUAUCUUGGAAUAUUUUAUUGUGGAGUGGAGGAGAUUGUUUCCAAAUUAGAGGAAGGAUCCGAGUCGGAAAUAGCCGUCAAUUUCGAGUUGGAUCAACUAUACAGCCUUAGGCUUUGGAGGCUACCAGAAUUGAAAUGUUUCUACCCGGGUAAGCAUACCACAAAGUGGCCAAUGUUAAACAAGUUGGAACUAGUUGAGUGUGAGAAAUUGAAGAUAUUAGGUACACAACUGAUCACUAACAAUGGACAACUUGACUUCCCAGUCCAUCCACCACUUUUCUACUAAGAAAAGGUAUGAAUCCUCUCACUCCUACUCUAUAUAUUAACUUUAUCCUUUGCCUUCCAAAACCAUUUUUGCUUCUUUUUAACUUUUUUUUUUUAAAAGAAUUCUUUAAAUCAUUUUUUUCUUUUCCAAAAAUAUGAAAAGAAGGAACACUGUAAAUUUGUUAAGAAAUGUAUAAAUAAUUUAACCAACAAUUAUAACUUAAAUAUGUAGGCUCCACUUUUUGAUAAAUUUAUCAAACAAAACACUAAUUGCAAUAUGAAAAAUGUAAAGUUGUGUGAGUUAAGGGAUACUAAAAGGUAAAACAACACUCUUCUUUGCCAAGAUUAUGAAGGCAAGACUCAAAAAUCCAGUCAUAAAGAGUUAGGACUUUGAGCUUUUAAUGAUUAAAAUCUUGACUUUUUCAUUAUUUUGAGGUGAUUUAAUAAAUAACACAAGUUAAAGGUCUAUAAAAAUGAAGGACUAAAAUAAAUUUUUUAAGUUGAAAUAUUAAUAAAUCAUUAUAAUUAAGAUUUAGCCAUAAAUGCAUCUGUAACAGUAUCAUGGCACAAUAAAACCAACAAGAUUGGUUCAAUUUUUACAGUUUAUUUAAAUUCUAAAAAUAAAGUUUAAAAUCCUUAAAGUUUUAUCUUAUGAAUAAACAUUUAGUCCUAAUCAAAUUUCAACCAACUUUUAUCUUAUGCAUUUAAUCAUAGUCGAUGAAUAGUUAAUGUAAGAGGAUUGCACUAUUCAUUCUAAUCGAUAGCAUUUAUUCUUGAGAUUUUUCAUUCAUUUGAAUCAUUCUCAACAUCAAGAAUUUUGGUUCAGGCAAUCAUGCUUUUGGAUUCCCAUGUUCAGAUAAAUUAAUAAUAAAAGGUUACCUUGAGUUGGAGAUAUUUUGUAAGAGAGUUUUAAAUGCGGAAAGAGUAGAAGAUGAAAAGGGUAAGGGACAUUGGGGUGGUGACCUUAACAACAUUGUCCAACAAAUUGCAUUCAACAAAGGUACUAUUUCAUAUUCCUUUAAUUUAGCUUUAACCAUUCUAUUUUCUUCUUGAAUUUCUUCUUUUCGGCAUGCUCUGAUUUGGUAAUAAGCUUUUGAGUAAUCCUUGUUUCUUUCUUGGAUUUUGUACCUUGGUAGGUACCAAGGUACAUGGGUAUUUUUGUCUAAAAUGUAGCACUACUGGCAUUGACAUUAUUCUCUUGGGAUAGAAAGCAACAACUCAGAGAUUCUCUUUCCAACUCUUUUCAUUGAAAGGGGAUAUCCCAUUUUUGUUUUCUUGUAUCAUUGCUUUCUUUCAUUUUUUUUUUCUUGUUCAUUUUUCUUAAAUAUUUGAUUCCCUAUUCUUGUUGUACUACUUGUUUUUCUCUAGCAAACUAACCUUACUUAGAGAAACAAAGCAUCAUGGGUGUGGGAAACUGGAGAAAGAUAUGGCACAAUCAGUCAACAAACUACGUAAGUCUAUAUCUUACAUGUGUGUUUGAUUGAAGGGGGAAAAGUAAAACUUUGGAAUACCUUUUUUCCAUUUUUAUAUAAGGGGAUGAAUGAUGAAAUUACAGCGGAUGCAAAUAAUAAACAUGCCAACAAUUUACAUGCAAUGACAAUCACUCAAUCCGUUGCUAUGGAAAGAGCCUUAAAUCUGUAUUUUCCUAAACUUAUUACAUCCUUCUACUUUAUAGGGAAAAGUUUCAGCUCAAGGAUACAUACUACAGAAAGGCCAAAAUUGAAGGAAAAAUAUCCUACUUUUAGUAAUGAGCUUAAGCAUAAAAUGUAGUUUAAUGGCAGAAAUUGAUUAUUUCGCUUAUCA